AUGACAGUAGUAGGUCGCUCCCUUGAACUGGCUGACGUACUGACGAAGCGCAGGGUUCGCGUUGCAUUCUUGCAAGAAACUCGUUGGAAGGGGAACAAGUCCCGUGAUAUAGGACUGGGUUACAAGUUGAUUUACUCCGGCUCCCCCUCAGGAAAGAACGGUGUGGCCGUAGUACUAUGCGAAGAACUCCAGAACGGUAUUCUAGAAGUCGAUACACAGAGCGACCGACUUCUUCGGGUGAAGCUAAUGAUAGAAGGAGUAAUUACUCAUCUUAUUAGCGCUUACACUCCACAGGUCGGCAGCUCUGAGUCGGAGAAAGAAGCUUUCUGGAAUAACUUGGAAGACAUGCCCCGCUGCAUUACGAUCACCGAGAGCAUCGUGAUUGGUGGAGAUUUGAACGGCCAUGGACAUGUAUAUGGCGGCUACGGCUGUGGUCGUGAGAAUGCAGAGGGAGAUUCAAUUCUCAGCACCUGCUUAUUAUCAGACCUUGCCAUUAUUAACACUUUCUUCCAAAAGAAACCCGAGCACCUCAUCACCUAUAAAAGUGGGCCGCACUCCACCCAGAUCGACUACUUGCUCAUAAGAAGAAGCCAAAUUGGUAGAGUGACCAACUGCAAGGUAACUCCUGGGGCAUGCCUCACAACACAACACCGCAUCCUUGUCAUGGACAUGCUGGUAGUACCAAUACAGGAGGCUGUUCGAGAGAAAAAGACACAGUUUAAAAAGUGGCAAGAGACCAAAUCUCCUGAAGACCGGGCCGCAUAUAAAGCAGUUAAAUGUGCCACUGAACGAGCAGUUGCCAAAGUCCGCUACCAGACGUUGUCACCUCUUUAUGACACGCUUGAGACAAACGAGGGCCAAAAGACUAUCUUCCGUUUGGCAAAAGCGACACAAGACAUUUCAAAAUGUCUUUGUGUCAAGGACUCAAAUGGCACUUUGGUUUGCGACGCAGUUAAGGUGAAGGAGAGGUGGCGCGACUACUUUAACGUGUUGCUUAACACACAACACGGUAAUGUCUCUCCUCCAGAACUGCCUCCUAAUCUCGGACUUGUUGCACCGGUAACACCUGACGAGGUACUCAAAUGUCUUCGUACAAUGAAGAACCGAAAAUCCGUAGGCCCUGACGACUUGCCGAUUGAAGCGUGGAAAGCGAUGAGUUCUCAUGUAUAUAAAGGCAAAGGUAGUGUACAGGACUGCGAAAGCUACCGCGAUAUUAAGGUUAUGUGCCACACCAUGAAACUUUUCGAACGCGUAAUCGAUUCAAGGCUCCGGCAAGAAUGUACUGUCUCGGAAUGUCAAUAUGGGUUUCGCCCAGGCUGUGGAACCAUAGACCCCAUCCUCGCCCUAAGAAUACUGGCCGAGGCCCACAGGGAAAAGAAGAAGACGCUGUACAUGGCAUUUCUAGACCUGCAGAAGUCUUAUUGUACGGCGGCGAGACGUGGCCAGCGCUCGCGAGACACAUUCAGCAACUUCACGUCGCGGAAAUGA